AUGAGGCUCUACCUCAUUCGACAUGCGGAGACCGUCCAUAAUGUGGCCCAUGUAUGGGCCGGUGUUACGGACUCAGCCCUCACUAAUCAUGGCGUCCUACAAAUCGAGUCUGUCGCCCAAUAUUUUGCAUCCAAUGGCGUCCACUUCGGUCAAAUCUUUUCUUCUGAUCUAACACGAACCCGUUUGACAGCUGAAGGGAUAAACCGUCUUCAGCCCCGAAGAGCACCACUUCUAAUGACCCCGAAGCUGAGAGAAAAGGAUUUCGGCUCUAAAGAGGGACAGCGAAUCCAGUCAGCUACCAUGAGGCAAGAUGUACUUGGCGCCUCUUCAAUCAAGCCCGAAAAAGGGAGCUCUUAUACAAGCGCUGAGGCCGAAAGUGUGCAAUCCAUGACAACAAGGGCGAUGUCAUUUCUGACGGACGAGAUCUGGCCAUUACUCUCCGACACCGCGAAUUCAGACAUGAAUGUGGCUAUCGUAUCUCAUGGUGUUUUCAUGCGUGUAUUGUGGGGGUGUCUUGUUGAUUCCCUUAAGCCAGGUGAAGUACGCUUCUCAACCGGCAAUGCAGCCCGUGAUGGGUUGCCAGUAGGGGUCUUCACCCCUAUUUGGUCCAAUACUGGGUUCAUGAGCUUUGCGAUCCAGCCAAGCACGAUUGCCCCAGCUCCCACGCCAGAAACUGACAGUCUUGUGCCAUCUGGUUGGAUCAUUACCAUCGAGGCUGUUGACAUGAAAGACCAUCUCGCAGGUCUUCAGCGCACUCGCGGUGGGAUUGGCAGCGCAAAGCAUGACGCACAGCAAAAGAGACUGGACCAAUUCUUCAAGAAGAAGUGA